GUUGAUACAACCAGUGCAAUUACCUUUAUCCAACUUGGCUAAUGAUGAUUAAUCUUCUCAAAGUCAGUUCCUAAAAGAAAGUUAGUGCUUCAUUCAUUUCUCUUCACUUAUCUGAGUUUCAGUCUCCAUCUACCAGCCAAGGAAGAAUUCAGAUAUCCACAGAGAGUCCUUUCUCUCAGAAAUCCCACCACGUCUUUGCCUCUACUACAUGGAACCAGGAAAUGAUACAAAGAUUUCAGAAUUUCUUCUUCUAGGAUUAUUAAAAGAACCAGAACUACAACCUCUUAUAUAUUGGCUUUUCCUUUUUAUGUACCUGAUCACAGUUUUUGGAAACCUGCUCAUCAUCCUGGCUGUCAUCUUUGACCCCCACCUCCACACGCCCAUGUACUUCUUCCUCGCCAACCUGUCCUUUGUAGACAUCUGCUUCACUUCCUCCACCAUCCCCAAGAUGCUGCUGAGCAUCCAGACAAAGAAUAAAGUCAUAACCUAUGAAUGCUGCAUCAUGCAGAUAUUUUUUGUGUUAUUCUUUGCUGUGCUAGAUGACUUCCUCCUGACCGUGAUGGCCUAUGACCGCUUUGUGGCCAUCUGCCACCCUCUGCACUACACAGUCAUCAUGAACCCCCGGCUCUGUGGGCUGCUGGUGCUGGUGUCCUGUCUCUUGAGUGCCCUGCAUUCCUUGUUACAAAGUUUAAUGGUGUUGCGAUUGUCAUUCUGUACAGACUUGGCAAUCCCCCACUUUUUCUGUGAACUCAAUAAGGUGAUCCAGCUUGCCUGUUCCGACACUUCCGUCAAUGAAACAGUGAUGCAUUUGGCUGCAGUUGUCCUGGCCGGUGCACCCCUCACUGGUAUCCUGUACUCUUACUCUAAAAUAGUUCUCUCCAUCCGUGGAAUCUCAUCAGCUAAGGGAAAAUAUAAGGCAUUUUCCACCUGUGCCUCUCACCUCUCAGUUGUCUCCUUAUUCUAUUGUACCAGUGUAGGAGUGUACCUUAGCUCUCCUGCCACCCACAACUCACUGUCAAGUGUAAUUGCCUCAGUGAUGUACACUGUGGUCACACCCAUGUUGAACCCCUUUAUCUAUAGUCUGAGAAAUAAAGACAUAAAGGGGGCUCUGAAAAGUAUUUUGUUGGUAACAGCUAUAAAGUGGCCAAUUACACCUGAGUGUAAGAAAUACUCAUGAUUACAGUAUUUAAAGUCUCAAUUAUAAAUUGUGAAACUUCUAUCAGAUUGUUAAAGUGGG